GUUGGACUCUCGCGAGUUAGAAGAUUGCAGUCAUGAGGAUCACAGGUGUCUUCCUGCUGCUGUUAGCAGCUUUUCUCUGCUUCUCAGACCUUGCCGGAGCCCAGGGAAAGGGGAGAGAGCCUAACUGUCAAACCCCAUUGGCAAAGUGCACCAAGAUCUAUGAACCUGUGUGUGGGUCGGAUGGAGAGACUUAUGCCAACGAAUGCCUGCUCUGUGAGGCAAACAAGUCCAGGAAGGAGCACGUCCUCGUUCGGAAAUCCGGGAAGUGCUGAAGACCCCAGUGGAGGAUCGGGGGUGGCGGAGAGAAGCCCGGCGCCUUCCGAGUCCUAACUCAACCCGCCUGGUGGUUUA